CCGAGUGCAACAGAAGGUUACAAACAAUCGGUUUUUUUCUUUUCUUUUCGAACCGGUGUAUUCUAUCAAGAAAACAUUGUCGGUGCAUCAAUCCGAAGACUUUAGGUUUCUAUUACAUCUUUGGGUUUUGAUUUGGCCACAAGUUUUCAAUUCUACAUGGAAAUAGAAGCAGAAACCAAUUUGAAAGGUCUAUACUUUUUUGCAGAGACAUAAAGACUUGAUUUUUUUUUUAUCUCAAGAGAUUGUUAGCCGAGAGCUUUCAAAUUCCUUUAAUUGGAUCAUGAAGAGAUUUGUUCAGACACGUCUUCUCCAGACAGGAACUCUGUUCUUGUCCGAACGAGCCUCUUCCACUCUCAGUAAAGGGAAGAAAGUCUCUUACAAAGAGAGGUUGAGAAGUGGGGUUGUUGAUAUCAAGAAAGAAGAUGCUGUUGAGCUUUUCCAGUCAAUGAUCGUGUCUCGUCCUCUUCCCACUAUCAUACAUUUCAGUAGAUUGUUUAGUGCUCUUGCCAAGACAAGACAGUACGAUCUCGUGUUGUCCCUCUGCAAGCAGAUGGAGUUGCAGGGUGGCACUGUGCAUAACAACUACACUCUUAACAUAAUGAUCAACUGCUUCUGCCGUCGCCGGAAGCUCGGUUUUGCGUUUUCCGCUAUGGCCAAGAUGUUGAAGCUUGGGUAUGAGCCUAGCACAGUCACGUUCUCGACUUUGGUAAACGGGUUAUGUCUCGAAGGGAGAGUUUCUGAAGCUGUGGCGUUAGUUGAUAGGAUGGUGGAACCAAACCUGGUGACACUCAACACUCUUGUCAAUGGACUUUGUCUGAAUGGUAAAGUGUCUGAAGCUAUAGCGUUAGUUGAUCGGAUGGUGGGAAAUGGAUGCCAGCCUGAUCAGUUUACCUACGGUCCGAUUUUGAACAGGAUAUGUAAGUCAGGGAACACUUCCUUGGCCUUGGAUCUGCUCAGGAAGAUGGAAGAUAGGAAGGUCAAGCCUGAGGCAGUUACAUACAAUAUGAUUAUCGAUAGUCUUUGCAAAGAUGGGAGCGUUGAAGAUGCGCUUAAUCUCUUCAAUGAAAUGGAAACGAAAGGGAUCAAAGCAAAUGUCAUCACCUACAACACUCUCAUAAGCAACUUCUGUAACGCCGGUAGAUGGGAUGAGGCUGCACAGUUGUUAAGAGAUAUGAUCAGUAGGGGAAUCACUCCCAACGUUAUCACAUUCAGUUCAUUGAUUGAUAUUUUUGUGAAAGAGGGAAAGCAUGUUGAGGCUAAAGAAUUGUACAAUGAGAUGGGCGCAAGAGGUAUAGAUCCUGAUACUAUUACAUAUAAUUCUUUGAUAUAUGGUUUGUGCAUGGAGAAGCGUCUAGAUGAUGCCAACCAGAUGUUGGAUCUGAUGGUUAGCAAAGGAUGCAGUCCUGAUAGUGUGACUUAUAAUAUCAUUAUAAAUGGAUAUUGUAAGGCUAAGCGUGUCGAUGAUGGUCUUAAACUCUUCCGGAAAAUGUCUCUAAGAGAAGUGGUCAGUUAUAACACUCUGGUGCAAGGGUUUUGUCUAUCUGGAAAAAUUGAGGUUGCACAAGAACUUCUCCAGGAGAUGGUUUCUCGAGGUGUUGAUCCUGAUACUGUGACUUGUAACAUUUUGGUAGAUGGGUUAUGUGAGAAUGGUAAACUAGAGAAGGCGUUGGAAAUAUUUGAGGAUCUGCAGAAGAGUGAGAUGGAACUUGAUAUUGGUAUAUAUAAUAUCAUCAUUCACGGGAUGUGCAAUGCAAGGAGAGUCGAUGAUGCUUGGGAUCUAUUCUCUAGCCUCCCUCUCAAAGGAGUGAGUCCUGAUGUCAAAACGUAUACCAUAAUGAUUGCAGGACUGUGUAAGAAAGGCUCACUGUCUGAAGCGGAUAUGUUGUUUAAAAAGAUGGGAGAGGAGAAUGGGAUUGUGCCAAAUGGUUGUACAUACAACACAAUAAUCCGAGCUCAUCUAGGAGGUAGUGGUGUAGCCACGUCGGUUGAACUCAUCGAAGAAAUGAAGAGGUAUGGGUUUGCUGCAGAUGUUUCCACUAUGAAGAUGGUUAUGGAUAUGUUAUCAGAUGGUAGAUUGAACAAAAACUUUUUGGGUAUGCUUUCUUGAGGUUCUGAUCUUAUCUAAGAGGAAAGACUUCCUUAGUGUUUUUGAGGUAGUUGGGCUAAAUUAGUUGAAGCCAACUUUGUUUUUUUCCACACAUGCAAACAGAGCUUACUGUAUUCUCUUUCACAUGGCUUUCAUAUGUUAUUGUACCAUCUCUUCUGAUAGAUCAUAAGAGAUGCAACAUGGAAAGAUGGAAAACAUAUUCACAAGUCACAACUGUAUUAA